AUUGUUUUGGUAGCCAAGCUGGUCAGUUCAGGUACUCACUAGGCCACCAUCGAAGAAAAACAAAUUCACCAGACACGACGGCAGGUGUAGCAAUGGCGGGGAGCCGUGUCUCGACGUACGUCCAAUCAAGAGCUGCUGAUUACUCCAGCCCUUGAGUGAUAACUAAGCAACGAUGACAGGUGAUGUCAUAAAUACUGGAUUGCGUAGAGAUAUAACCCAGCUUGGCUUGGCACAUGCGAAUUCGUGGGACUAUCCAUCGCAGGGGUAGCUAUCAUGUAGAAUCAUGACCUGACCGUGCUUCCCCCAAAAUCAGGGUCGGACAAUGGAUCUAGGACUGACAAACAUACAUGUCCUCAUUACAGGCGCAAGCGGAGGCAUUGGCCUUGAGACCGUCAAACUCUACUUAUCCCUCGGUGCAAAUGUAACUGCACAUUACAACUCCAACGCCAAACCCAUCCAGGCUCUCCAGGCCAGCUUUCCCGCACUCCAAUGCGUUCAAGCAGACCUCUCCUCCGAGUUUGCCGUGAAGCACAUGUUCGAUGUGCUCUCAGGCAUGCCGUUCGGCCCUGUGGCAGUGGUCGUGGUCAACCACGGCAUCUGGCCGCCCGAGGACGUCCCAAUCGUCGAUAUGACUAUCAAGCAGUGGGACAAGACCAUCAGCGCAAACCUCACCUCAAGCUUCCUGGUCUGCCGCGAGUACUUGCGUCACUUGCGCACAGCAACAGACGGUGUGAAAGACAAGGCUGCAAUUGUGCUCAUCGGGAGCGUAGCGGGCAAGUACGGUGAAGCAAACCAUGGCGAUUAUGCUAUCAGCAAGAGUGCAAUGAUGUACGGCCUGACGAUGACACUCAAGAAUGAAAUUGUGAAGAUCGCACCAAGGGGACGCGUAAACAGCAUUGCACCUGGAUGGGUUGUAACGCCCAUGGUACAAGAGGCACUGAACGAUCCAGCCGUCAGCGGACCUGCACUAGCUGCAACUCCACUGAAAAAGCUUGCGACGCCUCUCGACAUUGCAAACCAGAUAUCGGUACUGUCUUCAUCAGUGGUGUCGGGACAUGUGACUGGGCAAGUAGUGUUCAUAGAGGGCGGUUGUGUAGGUGACUUUUGAGGCUCAAUGAUUAUCCACGGGUGAGAGGACGAAAUAUAGGAGCAUUACUAGUGGUUCUGCACAAUACAGCAAGAUGAAAGCAAGUGGGCAGUAUAUUUUGUUAUGGCUAAUCGCUGAUGCAGACAGUAAACUCUGUUCGAGAAAUGUGCCAGUCAUAAGGUUCAGUGCG